AUGGAGACAAAGGUUAGUGAAUCUUCCUCCUCUAGCUUAGGACAUUCAUUUGAAGUAAUUAAGGUAUAGUCAGAUCUACCUAUAAUUGCUGAGAGAUUCCAAUUUGACGAAAUCAAUUUGUUCCAAUGGACAUCAUAUGUGGAACUUAUUCUACAUGGGAGAAAUCUGGAUUGUCACCUAAUGCAAUCUUCGCCAAAUAUUGACAACUCAAGAUAUUUUCAGUGGAAAGAAGAAGCACUAAUUCAAUAUUGGAUACUAGACAUAUUUCACCAAAGAUAAGUGAUUUAUUUAUUUAUUUUUGAAAUUUAUGAAGGAAUUAUGAGACAAGGUUCAGUGGAAUUAUGAUGUUCACUUUACUAAACAUGACGAAUCCCAAAUUUAUAGAUUGGUACAGAAAUCUCUGACUUUGGUACAUGGAACAUUGACUGUUCUAGAAUAUUAUUGCGAAUUAGAAUCCAUCUAGAGAAAAAUCAACCACUACAGACCAAUUAAGAACCUUGAUACUGAAGAACGAAAUUAUAUUAUGAAAGACAAGUUGUAUAAAUUUCUGAUGGGGCUAAAUCUAGAAUAUGAGGCUCUAGUAAAUCAGAUCAUUGCUCAGGAAAUAGUACUAGAUAUUGAAGAGGCAAUUGCAUUAGCUAGACAAGAAGAAAAUACUAGAAGUUUGAGAAAUGAUUUAAAGACAAAAAAUGCUGCAUUCAGCAUUCUCAAGAGCAAAGAUACCUCGGUAUUAAAAAGGGGGAUAGUAAAGUAUCAUUCAUCAAAGGAGGUCCUAAGUCUGAUCCAAAACUAA